GCAGGAGACAUGAAGCCCAUAAAGCAUAAUCAAUCUCAGACGUGUGCACUGCUGCAGCGGUUGUGUGCGCGAUGUCAAACGGGGACAGGGUGGUUUUAGCGCUCGGUGGAGCAGGAACUGUCGGCUCCGGGAUAGUGAAAGCUCUCCUGGACAGAGGUUUCAAGGUUGCAGUGAUCUCCAGAGACAGCAGCAAGUUGGAAAAACUCAAGGACUUUGUUUCACCUAGCACAAAAAGUAACCUGACCACUUUAGUGGGGAAUGUUGGCUCAGAAGAAGGAGUAGAGGAGGUGAAACAGGCCUUGCUCAAGUCUGUGGGUAAGAUCACAGAUGUGGUGUCCUCUCUGGGCUUCAGCUGGUGGCAGGGAGGUCCACCUCACACCCAACCCCUUAAAGAACUGCACUGGGUUAUUGAGACUCUGCUUUUCAGCACCUUUGUGUCUUGGAAAGCGUUUUUUCCCCUGGUGAGAGAUGAUCCUAACUGCACCUACACGUUUAUCACAGGAGGUGCUGGAGAGAAGUUGCUCAUGCCGGGCACAGGGUUCCUGACCAUAGGGGCAGCCAGCGCUCUGGCGUUCUGUCAGGUUCUGCGUGAAGAGUAUCAAGAGGCGCCAUGCAAACUCAACCAGGUGAAAAUCAAUACGGGUGUGGCGGCCCCAGACCGAAUGGCCCCCGGGUACCUGAACCACUUGGAUUUAGGGGAAGCCAUGGCUACGCUGAUAGAGCGCCGCAACACGUCCCACACCGUCUUCCCCGUGAGCUGUCCUGCCGACCUAAAAACUGUUAUCUUGGAGGGCAAUCUGUAAGCAAGGCUGUAUUCGCUUUAUCCUGUUAGUAUGCGUGUAUUGUUUUAUUGCAUGUCAACAAAACAUUUCUGUAUUGAAUAUCCCCAGCUUUGUCAUAGUACAGUCAUAGCCUUGAAAUACUCAUUGUGCUCAAAACAAAUCAAUAUAAUAAGCAGUGGAAUGGCACAGAUGCUUUGGAGUGCAGCUGAUUGUAAACGCAGCCCCAGAUAUGUAAGCUUGACAUUGAAGAAGAGAGACACGUGUGAGAACAGAUGUAAAAACAAACUUGGUCUUUUCCGUGGUUAGAGAAAGUGAAAAAACAUGGCAGGUUGUUGGCACACUUGCAUCCCCGUAGCGUGACUCCCUGCCCUCGUUCACGCAAAGCUUAUCUAGCUGUUGCUUCCACGGCUCCAAUUAUUCCCAGCCGUGUGGCCCAUAAUAAGCGUGUGAAGGGGACAAGGGGUUUAGAAAUGGCUGGCCUUCAAACUGGACGACAUUGUUGUCUUUGUUUGCUGUUAUCAUGAUAUUUGCAUAAACGCUUUAGCGAUAUGAAUGUAAAUUUGCUAUUAAAAGAAUCUGGAUUCAGUGACGAAAG